UGCGCAGAAUCUUGUUUCAGGAGUGUUUAAAGUUAGACGAGGCGUAUUUAAUUGUGCAUCAGUCUGAAAAGAGACCUUGAAAGGUAAUGUCGUCAACAACGCUUUCAGUUUUUUUCUUUCUGACGAGAGUGAUCAUACUAAAGUACUUUUCCACGAUCGAUGCGUCUAUUAUCGAAAGCAUAAAUGUGCCGUCAGUUGUACACAAUGGUACUGGACCAAUCGAGCUUUCUUGUAUUUACAAAAUCGAUGAGAAUGAGAAUGGUCUUGUUAUUAAAUGGUAUCACGAGUUGGAUCAGAUCUAUCAAUGGAUACCUCCAUUACCACCUCAAGAUACGGGAAUAAUUGCAAACUACUCGAAAUAUCCAAUGGAGAAUUUGAGAGAACCAGAGAGACGAUCGAUAAUCUAUUUAAAAAUGAUUACUCUUGACAUGAGCGGAGAAUACAUGUGCGUCGUCAAAACAUUUCAUAGCGAGCACACCAAAGCAGCCAGAAUGAUUGUAUACGUCCCGGAAAGCAGCGCAAAAAUUUAUGUCUCUCGUUUUAAUGAUAGUCAUAUUAACGUUAAAUGUACAGUAUUAGGAGCACGACCUAAACCGACUUUGAUACUUUAUAUCGAAGGGAUUAAAAUCGAUGAUAAAUUCGACGAGUCAUUGAAAAUUAUUAACGAGUAUAGAGAUAAUUUUUCCAUGACACGAAAUACUAUCUUAAAGAAUAUAAUAAAUCCUGUAUUAAUAGAAUGCGAGAUUUCUAUUUCUGAUACAAAUUACAAAAGAAGGGAAAAGAUGGUUUAUUAUCCUGAUUAUAUAAAAAAUUAA